GCCUGAAGGGUAUGUUUUCACUUUCAGAGAUUAGAACCGAAGCAGCGCUGGCAAAGAACGGACAUGCUUGUGUUGUGCUACGUUGUUUACCCGAAAAGGAGGGACUGAGACCGUGUUAUUUCAUCCUUGGCUUCUUCUCGGGUUAUGAUAUAACUGUAAUAAAAAAGCAAAAGCUGCGGAAAGAGCACCUGGGAACUGAGCAUGGUAGGAUCUUGAACAACAGUAGCCGGUAUCGACGAAAAGAAGAGGGGAAGGAAUGGCAUCGCGAGAGAGGCUAUAACCAGGUCCUUCGUGAUAGUCUGUUAAAUAUAGCACCCCGUGCUGCAGCAGCAAGGCUAGCAAGGCUUUUCAUGUCUGUUAAAGCGAUGGAUAAUGUUGUGUUACCAUCUUACCAUCUAUCCUGGAAAGAUCCAGAUUACCUGAAGCUCUGGUUGGAUAGUUUCGUUUCUAGCUAUGAACAGUUUCUGGAUGUGGACUUUGAGAAGAUGCCAACUAGGGUGGAUGACAUUCCUCCAGGAAUAUCACUGCUUCCUGAUAACAUUCUUCAGGUCGUCAGGCUCCAGCUCCUACAGUGUGUCCAGAAAAUGUCAGACGGACUAGAAGAGCAGCAGCAGGCUCUGUCACUUUUACUUGUGAAGUUCUUUAUCAUCCUGUGCAGAAAUUUGGCUAAUGUGGAGGAGAUUGGGAUGUGUUCAUACAUUAACCAUGUUAUCACCAUGACUACGUUAUACAUUCAACAGUUAAAAAGCAAAACAAAAGAAAAAGAAGUGGCAGAUCAGACCCCCAUGGAAGAAUUUGUGAGACAUGCGUUGGCUUUUUGUGAAAGUCUCUACGAUCCAUAUCGAAACUGGAGGCAGCGAAUUGCAGGACGUUUCCUUAGUACAGUGGAAAAGAACAGACAGAAGUAUAAACCAGCUUCCCUCACUGUUGAGUUUGUCCCUUUCUUUUACCAAUGCUUUCAAGAAAGUGAACAUCUCAAAGAAAGCCUAAAAUGUUGCCUGCUACAUCUCUUUGGAGCUAUUGUGGCUGGUGGUCAGAGGAAUGCUCUUCAGGCAGUAUCUCCUGCCACAAUGGAAGUCUUGAUGCGAGUUUUAGCAGACUGUGACAACUGGGAUGACAGGAACCCCGAGGAAGUGAGCAGGAAGGCAGAGCUGACUCUGAAGUGCCUGACAGAAGUUGUCCAUAUCCUUCUAACCAGCAGUUCUGACCAGCGGCAAGUGGAGACGAGUACAAUAUUGGAGAACUAUUUCAAGUUGCUUAAUUCAGACCAUUCAGCUUUACCUAAUCCAAGGCGAUGCAGGCAGUGGGAGAGCAGGUUCAUAGCACUACAGAUCCAAAUGCUGAAUACCAUCACAGCCAUGUUAGACUGCACAGAUAGGCCUGUUCUGCAGGCAAUUUUCCUUAACAGUAACUGCUUUGAACAUCUCAUUCGACUGUUGCAGAACUGCAAGCUAUUUUUAAAUGCUAACAAUAAAGUGGCAGACAAGCGUGAGAAAGACCUUACGAACAAAUUACUGACAGAAAUGAAUGAGGACCAGGUGUUUCAGGGACACCUAGACUGCUUGGCAGUAUCAACCAUUCAAGCCCUCACAGCAGUAAUGCACAAGUCUCCAGCUGCUAAGGAGGUCUUCAAGGAGAGGAUUGGUUAUGCACACAUAUAUGAGGUACUAAAAUCGCUGGGUCAGCCCUCACGGGAAUUGCUGGAAGAACUCAUGAAUAUGGCUGUUGAAGGUGACCACAUGGCUGUUGGGAUACUAGGCAUUAGUAAUGUCCAGCCCUUAUUGCUGCUUAUCCAGUGGCUUCCAGAACUAGAAUCACAUGACCUGCAGAUUUUCAUCUCAAAUUGGUUGAGGCGAAUCUGCUGUAUUAACAGACAGAGUCGUGCCUCGUGUGUCAAUGCGAACAUGGUCAUCCGUAUCAUUGAGACACUAAAUUCCCAUUCCUUGCUCCAUUGUACAUGUGCAGAGAACCUGAUUGCUCUUCUGGGCUCCUUGGGGAGCCAGUCAAUGGGCUCAGAAGAACUGCUUCAACUAAUACGGCUCCUGAGGACUGAGGAACCAAAACGAGCUCACCCUUACGUUGUUCCAGUGAUGCGAGCCAUUCUGGCAAUGGCCCGGAAGCAGGGCAUGGCUAGUGCCUUGCAGUAUUUCAACUUGUACCACAGCAUGGCUGGAAUUGCUGUUCCAUCAAUUCAUAAGUGGCCAGGCUCUGCAUUUUCUUUCAACGCUUGGCUCUGCCUUGACCAGGACCGGGUGGACCUGAGCACGACUAGCAAAAGCGGCAAGAGGAAGCAACUCUAUAGCUUUUUUACAGGAAGUGGUAUGGGUUUUGAAGCAUUUAUUACAUACUCUGGGAUAUUGGUGGUUGCAGUUUGCACAAAGAGGGAAUAUGCAACAGUGAUGCUGCCUGACCAUUGUUUUUUUGACUCUCUCUGGCACAACAUAACUAUUGUUCACAUGCCUGGAAAGAGACCCUUUGGUCAGAGCCUUGUGUACAUCUAUGUCAAUGGUCAGCAGAAGGUCUCUGCCCCACUUCGAUUCCCUGCCAUGAAUGAAUCUUUUACUUCUUGCUGCAUCGGUUCAGCUGGUCAAAGAACAACAACUCCUCCUCCAUCUCAGAUACCAGAUCCGCCUUUUUCCUCCCCUAUUUUGCCCCAUCGGACAUCACUUGGAGGCAUUCUCUCUACAGGAAGUUGGGGUGGGAUGCUUGGAAAACCAGAGCUCAUCACCAAGAUGAUCUCAGCAGGGACUCAGGACAGUGAAUGGGGAUGUCCGACAUCUUUGGAGGGCCAACUUGGAUCAGUUAUCAUCUUUCAUGAAGCACUGCAACCUCCUCAGGUGAAAGCAUUAUAUUUAGCAGGUCCAAACUGUUUAACUCCAUGGAAGUCUCAAGAGGCUGAAGUAGCAGAUCUCCCCAGUAAGGUGCUGCUUCAUUACACACCAAAGGCCUGCAGAAAUCCAAUUUGUCUUGACCUGUCUUCAAAUCUUUUACAUGGACGACUAACUGGAAACAAAGUAGUCAACUGGGACAUCAAGGAUAUGAUCAACUGUAUUGGUGGAGUGAAUGUGCUGUUUCCAUUACUGGAGCAGAUCAGUUUUCUUGGUGGACAGAUGCCUGAGAAGUCUGAAGGGGAAACUCUACCUCCAGAACUAGUUACUCCUGUAGAGGAAGACUGGGUGGUAUUGUCAUCCACAAAGGCAUCAGAAGCACGCCUGGAGAAGAACAUUGUUGCAACUUUCAUCUUGAUGAUAAAACACUUUAUUCAGAGACACCAUGUUAAUCAAGAAAAUCUCAUUCACUCCCAUGGAGUUGCCACCCUAGGAGCCUUGUUACAGAAGGUGCCAAGCAACUUAAUGGAUGUGAAUGUAUUGAUGGCUGUACAGUUGUUGAUAGAACAAGUCUCAGUAGAAAAGAACAUACAGCUGUUGCAACAGAUGUAUCAACACUUACUUUUUGACUUCAGUAUCUGGAACAGUGGGGACUUCCCCUUCAGAAUUGGGCAUAUACAAUAUCUUUCUACAAUCAUCAAAGACAGCAGAAGACUCUUCAGAAAAAAAUUUGGUGUGCAAUUUCUUCUAGACACACUCAGGAUUUAUUAUGGUGGCUGUAAAGACAGUGAUUUGGUUCCUGAUGACCUGAGAACAAUACGUACAUCCCUCUAUGGACUGAUCAGAUACUUCCUGAGCAAAGGUGGAACACAUGAAGAAAUACAGAGCAUCAUAGGAUAUAUAACUGCCACAAAUGAAGAAGAACAGCUGUGUGGAAUUCUGGACAUUCUCUUCAGUCUACUUCAUUCCAGCCCAUCCCCAGACCAGCUUUUUUUAUUGCUUUUUGAACCAGGAAAUGCUGAUAUUCUUUACACUCUGUUAUUGCAUCAAAGAUACUCUGACCGGCUUAGAGAACUUGUGUUCAAGAUUGUGGAAGAGAUGCUGAAAUGUACUAAAGUUUAUGAACGUAGUAAGCACCGUAUGAGACUCAGAGAAGUGGGAUACUCUGGACUGGGGCUGCUUCUGAAUGAAUCGCCAGUUACCGUUUCUCUUAUUAAAAACCUUCUUAACCAAGUUCUGUAUGCAGAUCCUGCUGUGAAUUUUAAAGAUCUCAUAGCUGUAGUUCAUCUGGCUCAUAGAUCAGAUAUAAACGUGAGAGUGGUUAUCUGUAGAAAGGUUUUGCACCUUUUGCAUUCCCAAUUGGAUGCAGCACAACAGAUCUCUCAGCAGCUGGGCUGGCAGGACACUUUGAUUAGACUAUUCCUGAAAGAAAACUCAGAGGUCCAGAUUGGCUUUAAAGAGAACAGGGCUGAUUCUUCAAGGGAAGGGGAAUCUGAAGAGCUUCAGAAGCAUCAACCUGAUAAGACAGAGGGAGACAGAACUGUCAGCUUUGCAUCUGUUAAUGGUCUGCUUGAUCAAUGGAGUUUGGAAGACAACAAAUCCCUGGAUGUUCCUGCUCAUUUCUCUGUUACGCCACUGGAAGAUGCGUCCACAACAGAGAUGUCUUUUAGGUCAGAGGACCGAGAAGAAUUGUGGCACAGUAAUCCUUCACAUUUGAGUUUAGAUCUGUCCAGUACUGACUCUUAUGAAUUGGCUGACAUUGUGAAUCAGAUGACAGAUAGCCAGCCCAGUACACCAUCACCUAUAGAGAACACAAAACCAUUCUCUGUGCAGCCUGACAAAGAGCUGGGUGUUAUAAAUGAUGUGGGCUUCACCGCUGAUCUUUCUUUAUUAGAAAACCAAGGAGGGUGUGAUAAUGAACUCGUACAGUUACUUACAGACAUCCUACUGUGUAUAAUGUGGAAAGGCAUUGAAAAAUCUGAUGAUGCUGCUUGGAUUGAGAGAGGACAGGUGUUUUCUGCACUGACCAAACUGGGGAUAUCUAAUGAGUUGCUGCGACCUUCUGAUGAAAUAAAACUCAACUUGCUGGAGAAGAUGUUAGAAUGGUCAGUCACUGAUAACAGAGAUUCAAAAGCUCUCCCUACACAUGCUGAAAAUGCCUUCAAGCUCUUGCUAAUUGUACAAGAUUUCCUGCAGGCAGAAGGACUAGUUAAUUCAAAUUUAUGGACAGAAAAGCUCUUGGAAGAACUAGUGACUCUCAUGGAUAGCCUGUCAGUCUGGUACUCUGCUGGCCUAGAAGCAAUCAGGCUUUCACAGGUGCAAGUCCAGUUGCUCCUUGGAUUCAUUGCACAAGAUAACUUACAGGUCUGUGCUAUGGCAGCAGCCAAACUAAACACCCUCCUUCAGACAAAAGUAAUUGAGAGCCAGCCUGAAGCAUGUUACCUCUUGGGGAAGCUGGAAGGCAUCUUGAGUAGAUCAAUUGAAGAGAAGACAGAAACUUACUCAUUUUUGAUUCCCCUUGUUCGGACAUUGGUAUCCAAGAUUUAUGAACUUCUCUUCAUGAACCUGCAUCUCCCUUCAUUGCCUCCUACCAAUGGCAGCCCAUCUUUCUUUGAGGACUUUCAAGAGUACUGCAGCUCUGAUGAGUGGCAAGUUUAUAUUGACAAAUAUAUUAUUCCAAAUAUGAAGCAGUAUGAAGAAAAUUCGUUCAGACGUGAUCACGAGCAGAUGGCACUUUAUUGGAAAGAUUGUUACGAAGCAUUUAUGGUGAACAUGCACAAGCGAGACCGGGAGGGAGGAGAAAGUAAGCUUAAAUUUCAGGAACAUUUUGUGGAACCAUUCAGCAGAAAGGCUCGACAGGAAAAUCUGCGGUACAACAGCAUGCUAAAGCAACUUAAUAGUCAACACACAGCUACUCUGAGACAGUGGAGAGCCGCUCAGCUUUACUUGCUCUCUGAACGUGGGCCUUGGUCUGAAAUGAAACAGCAUCCAAUUCAUUGGAAACUUUCAAAUGUGGAAAACUUUUCACGUAUGAGACUAAAACUAGUGCAGAAUUACAACUUCAACUCUCAUCAGGAUGCUAGUGACCUGAGAGAUAAUUUAGGUGUGCACCAGACACAGCCCUCUAGUGAGUCUUUGCUUCUGGAGGUGGUGAAGCAGGUGAAAGUGAGUGACUUGGAAGAUGAUGUUCUUGAACUACUAGAAGAAGACACAGCAGCCAGUUCCAAUUUGGAUGAGAAGGAUGAGCAAAGUCAGAAAGAAAAGCUAAUAUUGUCUGAAGACUGUGAACUCAUUACAGUAAUUGAUGUGAUACCUGGCAGGCUGGAGAUCACUACCCAGCACAUCUAUUUCUUUGAUGGUAGCAUUGAAAAAGAGGAAGGGGUAGGUUUUGAUUUCAAAUGGCAUCUUUCUCAAAUUCGAGAGAUACAUUUGCGACGGUACAACCUGAGGAGGUCAGCUUUGGAGAUCUUCCUUACAGAUCAAACCAACUAUUUCCUGAACUUCAACAGGGAG